AUGGCGUCCGUAUCGCCACCCAAGCCUUGGGAGAGAGCCGGCGCCAAUGCUGGCACCGCUUUAUCAUCAUCCGUGACCACAUCCACAGCCAUGACUCCAGCAUCAACAACAUCGGCGGCCCCGACCGCAGCGGCCUCCACAACAAACGCAACGACCGCCCCCUCUCUACCCUCUCGACCUAGUACACUUAGCACCGUUGCGAAUCAGAACGCCUCAAACUACUCACCAUACGGCGCCUCACGAUUCGGAACAUCGCCCUACGGCGGCUACGGCGGCUACGGAAGCUACUCGUCCCCGUAUUCGCGGUUUGGCGGUAUGGGCUCGAUGUAUGGUGGAUAUGGCGGUAUGGGAGGGAUGUACGGUGGUAUGGGCGGGUAUGGAGGCAUGUACGGCGGCGGCAUGCCUGGCGACCCCAAUGACCCGAACAGUUUAACGAAUUCAUUCAGCCAGAGCACCCAGGCAACAUUUCAGAUGAUUGAAAGCAUUGUUGGGGCUUUUGGCGGGUUCGCGCAGAUGCUCGAGAGUACUUACAUGGCGACGCAUAGUUCGUUUUUUGCCAUGGUCUCUGUCGCUGAGCAGUUCGGAAACCUGCGCAACACUCUUGGCUCCGCAUUAGGCAUUUUCACAUUAAUCCGAUGGUUCAGAACGUUGAUUGCGAAGAUCACUGGCCGUCCGCCACCAGCGGAUGCCACGGCCCUCACUCCGGCGGCUUUUGCCGCGUUCAUGGGCGGCCGUGCUUCGCUCCCAGAUGGUUCUCCGGCUCCUCCGCGGCCGUCGCGGAAGCCGUUCCUGAUGUUCCUCGUCGCCCUUUUCGGUCUUCCAUACCUGAUGGGCAAGCUGAUUAAAUCCCUCGCACGCUCACAGGAGGAGCAGCGCCAGAAGAUGAUGGUCGCCAACGGCGAGCAACAAGGUGUCUUGGACCCGUCCAAGCUCGACUUCUGCCGCGUGCUCUACGACUACACACCCGAAUCACAAGAGGCCAACGGAAUCGACCUGGCCGUGAAGAAGGGCGACAUCGUCGCUGUGCUCAGCAAAUCCGACCCGAUGGGCAAUGCGUCGGAAUGGUGGCGCUGCCGCGCUCGUGACGGCCGGGUCGGGUACCUCCCAGGCCCGUAUCUUGAAACCAUCCAACGCAAGCCGCAGCAGCAGGCUAUUACGACAGGCAGUGAGGCGGGCAGCCGCAGUAACACGAUGCAGAGUCAGACGCAGGUGGCCGCGGAGGCUGUCGCGGGCCAGAAGCCCGAGCUCAAGGGAAAGAUGGGCGAUAUCUCGCCAGAGAGUUUCCAGAAGGGCGCGUUCUACUCAUGA